AUGCUCUUCAACUUGACAUUCAACUUUUCAGCCACUGUGUCCGUUCCAGCUCCCGGAUUUGGAAUUGGCACUGCCGAAAGCACAGGGAUCGACAACGGAGUGGAGCAACUGCCAGAGUGA